CCCCUAGUUGGUUCUGUUAGUACUUCCUCAUUGGAAGUGAGGAAGUGCCUAUUUUAUGUUUGGACAGUAAGCAACGUUUUCAGAAUAAAAUAAGGCGUAGCUACUGUUUAAAAGUCUGAAGAUGUCCAAACCGCCUCCCAAGCCAGCCAAACCAGGUCAGUAUUUUAUGAUACUACUGUACGUGAUAAUUAGCUAACAUUAGAUAACUAGUCUCCCGUCCCAUCAAGCAAGUGAAACCUACACAACUAGUGAGCGACCCAGCUAGUUAGCUAACGUUGGCUAGCCAAGAUGCUAGACCAGUUAUAUCCUUGAAGAAUUUGACAUUUCAAAUGUCAGUGUCUCUGUACUCUUCUCAUCGUGGUCUUUGUCGAUCGUUUUGUGCAAGUAUGGGGCCGCGAUGGUCUAACUUUACAAGCUAACUAAUGUGACUUCCCUAUUUCGAGGUCCCGUAGUUAUCUGGUUAGCCACACACAAAUACACAAUUGGUUGCAAUGCAUGUCAGGCAAUGGUUUCAAUUAUCAGAACUCUGGUUGCAGUCCCAUCCAAAACGGCUUCCAGAAUGUUGGAGUUGUUUGUUUUAGUUAAUAAUGUUAGACAUUUUAUAUAACUAGUUAGCUACAUUGCAGCUGUAAUUAUGUCUACUAGAAAUGCAAUGGUCUGCUUUGCUCUAUGGUGGUAACAUGCACAGAGCAGUUGACCCCCUGGCAUUGUAAAAACUCACUUGCGUUUUGUUUGUGUUUUUGUUUUGUUUCUGGUUAACACCUGUGCCUGCCUAAAGCUGCUUAGGUUCUCGAGACACACACUCUCAAAAGGGCAUUGAAUUAUCCAGGGGCUCGCCCAACACAUUACUAUACCUAGCCACCACGUCUUUAAAACAGCAACGUCUAAAGACACCGGGGAUGGCUGGUCAUUGUGUUAUUUAGAAACAUCUUUAAAAAUGUCCCUUGUAGAUUGUACCCUAUCAGCAUGGGUUCUGUCUGUUGUAAAUUACCGCUGCAUUGGAGCGGAGGCUCGGACUGUGAGGUCACGGGUCCAAAUUCCGAAAUGGACCUGGGGCUUUCUCACCCGGACCCGAUAUGCAUACAUUUGUAUUUAUUUAUUUAGAGACCUGUUCCAAACGGACCUGAAGACAACUAGACCCGUUCCGUAUAAACCAGGUCGGAUCCAGACUCGGUCCGAUCCGAGUGAGUAGCUUUUUUAAGCUACUUUAUUAACCGGAGCUGAUACAUCGUGAGAGGAGGGAGAGAGGUGCCGCUCUAGCAGGCGGGGGGAGGGGCCAUACUGUGAGCGAUCACACGAGGAGGAGGGAGGGAGAGACAACAACCAAGCCGUCUCGCGCUAUAGUAGACUAAUAGCUAGGUUAUUUAUAAUCAAAUAUGAUUACGUAGUACGUGUCUUGGACUGCAUCAAACUGGGACAAGAAGCUAGUUAAGCUAGCUAACUGAGGCUGCAGUGCAUGCGCUUUCUGAUCCUACAGUAACAAAUAACAACAACUCCAUUCUGAAUAUUAAGGAGCAGCCUGCCUACCUGAUGGCUCUUGGUCGUUGUAGCCUAUCCGUCUCCUUUAACUUUUAAUUCUGUCAUUUUAAUUCCAUCUUCCAUUGAUUAGAUAUCUCCUAAUUUUUGCCACACAUGGAGCUAGGCUCUGGCUGUAGCCUAUUGCAGCUUUGAUGACUUAUGUUUGGCCAACAACAAGCUACACAUGCCACACUCCACUCUCGUGAAAAGCAAGAGCAGCAGCAUAAAUGAUACAAUUUCUCUCGCUUUCUCUACUGCGGCAGUUGCGUUCGGAAAUGCACGGGCCCUUCCAGACAAGUUAGUUAAAAUUGCACAUACCCAAGACCCGUGACAAUCAUAUCAGAUCCAACCCAGAUCAGUGACAUUAUUUAGAAUUCUAGAUCUGGAUCGGGUCUCAGGUACAGGUGGAUCCAUGAGGACCUCUAGCUGAGAGUACUGUGGGCAGGCUAGUACAGUACAGGCCCCGUAGUUUUCACAGGGGCGGGAUGGGGCCUGUAGAACCACAGUCACAGAACAGAGCUGAACAGAGCAGGCUUUGUCUAUUAACUCAACUGCAGCAACUCACUGGAACACUGGAAUAGUGUGUGGCUCAGUUAGGGUGUAUGUAAAGAGAGGAAAUCUCUCAAGGCUUGCAUACACCGGUGUUUUCAAGUUCCCAACUGAUUCCCAUUCAAAGCAUUUUCUGCAUUUAGUGUUUCUUAUUGGACAAGUAGGCCUACAGGUAGCGAGCCCCUCCCUGUAACACUUUUUUCUUCUGUUUUGUGCCUAAUGUACAUAACCCUGAUUUCUCUGUGCCUAUGAACUAGUUUAGCUUUCUCUCAACACUACUCAGGUCACAUUCCACCCCUGGGAUUAAGACAAGGCAGUACAGUAUUUCUUCAGAGGCCCUCAGGUCCUGUAGCCUUGGGGUGUAUGGACGAGGGCCCAAUGUCUGUUCACUGAGGAUAGAUCUGAUAGAACAACAUCUGAAAAGUUGAAUCAUUAAAUUGUUUCUGUAGUUAGAAACCGAUAAGAUUAGCAUUCCUGCAACAUUAUUUUGGUGAAAUUUGAUCUCUGAGAAAUUAAGCUAAUUGUUUACUCGCUUUAUAUUUAAAUACUGUAUUAUUGACAUAGCUCAUCCAUAUAAAUACUGUAUUAUUGAUAUAGCUCAUCCAUAUAAAUACUGUAUUAUUGACAUAGCUCAUCCAUAUAAAUACUGCUGUACAUACCUUUUUUAGAUUGUUCAUACCGGACUCUGACAUUGCUCGUUCAUUUCUUGUUUCUUAUUUUAAAUGUGAUUAUUUGUGUAUUAGUAUUGUACUGUUAGAUAUUUACUGCACUGCUGGAGCUACACUGAACAAAAAUAGAAACACUACAUGUAAAGUGUUGGUCCCAUGUUUCAUGAGCUGAAAUAAAAACCAGAAAUGUUCCAUUCGCACAAAAAGCUUAUUUCUUUCAUUUUGUGCACAAAUUUGUUUACAUCCCUGUUAGUGAGCAUUUCUCCUUUGGCAAUAUAAUCCAUCCACCUGACAGGUGUUCCAUGGCCUGCAUACUCACCAGACAUGUCACCCAUUGAGCAUGUUUGGGAUGCUCUGGGUCGACGUGUAAGACAUUGUGUUCCAGUUCAUGCCAAUAUCCAGCAACUUCGCACAGCCAUUGAAGAGGAGUGGGACAUCAUUCCACAGGCCACAAUAAACAGCCUGAUCAACUCUAUGCAAAGGAGAUGUCGUACUGCAUGAGGCAAAUGGUGGUCACACCAGAUACUGACUGGUUUUCUGAUCCAUGCCCCUACUUUUCUUUUCAAGUGACCAACCGAUGAUUAUCUGUAUUCCCAGUGAUGUGAAAUCCAUAGAUUAGGGCCUAAUGAUUCAGAGGGGUUGGGUUAAAUGUGGAAGACACAUUUCAGUUGAAUGCAUUCAGUUGUACAACUGACUAAGUAUCUCCCUUUCCCUUUAAUGAAUUUAUUUCAAUUGACUGAUUUCCUUAUAUGAACUGUAACUGUAAAAUCUUUGAAAUUGUUGCAUGUUGCGUUUUAUAUUUUUGUUCAGUGUAGAAACAAGCAUUUCGCUGCACCUGCUUUAACAUCUGCUAAUCUGUGUACGUGACACAUAACGUUUGAUUUGAUUUAAUGUUUGUGAUAGUCUGGUCCCAGGUUUUUUUUGUGCUGUAUAGCCAACAAUGAACAGGCUGUGUGAUGCUCUGCGCUGCACAGUCAUUUACGUUAACACUCUUGCCCGUUUCCCUCUCUGUUCUCUCAUAGGCCAGGUCAAGGUGUUCCGAGCCAUGUUCAACUUUGACCCCCGAACGGUGAGUGUUUCUUGUCUUAAUGGUUGGUCUAGUCCCUCCACUCUGCCUCACACCAAUCCACAUUAAAGAUGGUGUUUGUUUUGAUUUUUGCUUUUCAGCCAGAUGAGCUCUACUUUGAAGAAGGAGACAUCUUGUAUAUCUCUGAUACGGUCAGUUACUGUUAGCAUCCCUUUCCCUCUGCCUGUCCACUUUUCUCCCUGUCUUUUAGUCCCUAGUAUCAUUUAUUCUGUCUGUCUCUGUUGCCCUCUCUCUGUUUUGUUCUGUUUUUCUGUUGUUUUUUCACUCUUCCUCCAUCUCCCUCUAAUUUUUCAUUUUUCUCUUGUCUUUCCCGUAUCCCAUUCUCUUUUUCUCUUUCUCUCUGCUGGUCUUUUCCCUCACCUCAGAGAUACUGGCUGCAAUAAUACAUUUCCAUUGGCUCUCAUUGCCUGUCUAUCAUCCUUAGAGUGACAGCAAUUGGUGGAAGGGGACCUGCAGGGGAAGGAACGGCCUCAUCCCAAGCAAUUAUGGUGAGUAAACAAACCAUAACACUUUGUGUGAUAAUGUGUGAUAUUGCAAGUGGCACGCAGAGAUUGACAUUAAGGGUUGCCCUAUUGCCAGGGGCAAGUGGCCAGGGCAGUCACACAAGUUGAGCCUGCUCUGUGGUUUCCCCAUAGGGCAGGUGAUAUUUUAUUUUACUGAUAACAAGCAAAAGGCAAAUAAUUCCAGUAGUCUGAUCUUUCUGGUUCCUCCUCUGUGUGUAGGUGAAAAUAGCCAGUGCUACUUUACAUUUUAAUCUCUCGGGCAACCAAAACAUACUUGUGACAUGGGUGAGUGCUUUCAGACCUUAAUGUUAGUGCCUGGCACGGUAAGGUGGACGUUGUAUCAAAAUACAGGUGCCCAUCCAUGUUGCUAAAUACAUUAUUCCAUUGACUUGUCUUUAGAUUGAGAAAGCAGGUUCUGUGUUUGAUCAUGUUGCCAUAACCUCUCUGUAGGCAUUGUAGGCAACCCUUAAAGGGAAACUUCAAAAUUGUUCAACUUCAUAUUCAUGAUCUCCAGCAGCACCCCAACAAAUGUGAAAAUGGCGCUUUUCUAUGUAUUUAUUGGGUAUUUUACCCCCUUUUUCUCCCCAAUUUCGUGGUAUCCAAUUGGUAGUUACAGUGCCCGCUUAACCCGGAAGGAAUGUGCCGGAGGAAACUCUGUACACCUGGCGACCGAGUCAGCGUGCACGCCACAGGAGUCGCUAGUGUGCAAUGGGACAAGAACAUCCCUGCCGGCCAAACCCUCCCCUACCCUGGACGGCGCUGGGCCAAUUGUGCGCUGCCCCAUGGGUCUCCCGGUCGCGGCCGGCUGCGACAGAGCCUGGACUCGAACCAGGAUCUCUAGUGGCACAGCUAGCACUGCGAUGCAGUGCCUUAGACCACUGCGCCACUCGGGAGGCCCAUGCCUACUCACAAUUGGUCAAAAUCACAUGAUGCACACCGACGAUGUCAUUCGAAACACUUAUCUUCGUCUAUCUUUUUUACCACAAAACAUAGAAAUGCACCAUUUUCACAUACUGUAUGUUGAUGUUGGGGUGGUGCUGGAGAUCAUGAAUAUGAAGUUGAAAAAUUGUGAAGUUUCCCUUUAAUAGCUCCAUCUCCUUACUAAGGCUUUCAUAGGAGCAUGGUGCUCUGUUGAAAUCCCAUUCUGAUUUCUGAUUUCCUCAACCUACAGUGGCCGAGCAGGCGGAGUCCAUUGACAACCCAAUGCAUGAGGCAGCUAAAAGAGGUGAGGGACCAAAAGAGGCCUGCUGCAUCACUCACACCACCAAUAAUCUUAAACUACUGUAUAGUCCUAUAACAAACUAUACAUUUUUCUUAAUAUUGACUGUUGUUUGUUUGCUCUACACUUUCUGUAACCUGUAUGAAUAUGAAUGGUGUGACUCUAGCUUUAUUUGCAUUGGGGUGUUUAUUUGUGUGUGUAUUUGCAUUAUUGCUUGUGUGUGUUUAUGUGACGCAGGGAAUCUGAGUUGGCUGAGGGAGUGUCUGGAGAACAAAGUGGGAAUUAAUGGACUGGACAAAGCUGGGAAUACUGCCCUCUACUGGGGAUGCCACGGAGGACACAAAGGUAACAGAUCAUCUACGACACACACACCACUGCUCUCAUUGACUGUAUACAGAAUGUACAGACACGUGCGCCAAAGCACACACACACACACUCAGCUUUUUUAUUGAAUGACACGGCAAAUGCAUGUCAGCCUGCAAACACACACACACACUGCAGUGAGAUGUAUGACAAUGUUGUGUUGUCAUUUUUGUGACAGAUGUGGUGGAGAUCUUGCUGGGGCAGUCUAACGUUGAGUUGAACCAGCAGGUGAGAAGAACAGUUUAACAUUUGUAAAAGGCUGUUUCAAACAAAUAUGGUUACAUUUUUUGUUAUUACAGACGCUUUUAUCCAGAGCGAUUUACAGGAGCAAUUAGGGUUAAGUACCUUGCUCAAGGGCACAACAACAGUUUUUAACCUAGUCGGCUCGGGUAUUCGAACCAGCAACUUUUCUGUUUUCUCCGCUAGGCUACCUGCUGGCCAACAUUGAUACAAUGUUUUUAAAGCCUGAUUGAUAGUAUUGAUAGCAUAUUGUAUUUAGACUCUAAAUGCUCUAAAGGCUCUAUUUAGGCUCUAAAAAUGAAAAAAAUCCAAUGAUUUACAUUGUUAAAUAAUGCAAAUAUGUGAGAACAAUAUACGUUGUGAAAAAUGUUUGCAUUUCGUCGUCAUAAUAAAUUAGGAAGUUGUUGUGGAAAUCUGCGGCGCUCAAGUCGACUACAAACCCCAUAAUGCAAUGCUCUCUAGAAAGGCUGGCUAGCUAGAAAAUGUAGCUACACACUAUAAUACCAAAGUCAAUAUCAGCAUGUGAAGUAAUUGGGUAGUUGUAAAGGCCCUGAAACAAACUGCACUAUGUAUUUAGGAGUUAGCCUACAAUAUCACCAUGUUCAACCUGGUUGAGAUUGCGUUUCUAGCUCAAAACUGUGUGUCGGGUUGAUAUGGCAACGGGCAAGGGUGAAGAGAGGAGAAAACCGCUUUUGCGCCAUGGUAGUUGAAGGAACAAAGGAUAUUAAUCUGACGACGCACUGUGUACUUUGAGGACAUUUGAACAAAAUGUAUACUUUGUCAUGAUGAUAUACACUGAUGGAUGUGUUCUAGACAAGUAUGCCCAUAACACCUAUUGGCUUAUUUGGUGAUCUGGAGUGCAGGUAAUUGUUCGUUAUCCCCUAUCUCCAGUGAUGAGAACAUUAUUAUCAUGAUGACGUAUCACGUCACAUUUAAAUUUAGGACUAGAUUACGUUUAGUCCUGAAAUUUAAAAAGGAUUUCAAUGGAGAUUCUCUAUUGAGCAUGCAUUUUAGUCCAGGACUAGGCUUAAUCUGUGUCUGGGAAUGGCCAUAUAUGAUGAGAAUUAUGCUAAGAUGUGGGUAUGGUGUUUGAUGUUUUGUUCCACUGCAGAAUAAACUGGGAGACACUGCGCUGCAUGCUGCCGCCUGGAAGGGAUACUCGGACAUAGUGGAGAUGUUACUGAAUAAGAGUGAGUCCAUCUACUUUCUGUUUCAUCUUUUUGUUGUUGUUGUGCUCUACCAAUUUCAUUUCCCAUCUCUGUGUGUAUGAGCCAGGGUUGGGGUAAAUUCACAUUGACGUUGGUCAAUUCAGAAAGUGAUAUGAAUUUGAAAUAUUAAAAUAAUGACACCAAAUACCUUCUCCUUUUCAAUUGAUUGAGAGUUCAGUUUACUUCCUGAAUUGACUGACUUCCAUUUCAAAUUGACCACAACCCUGGUAUGAGCAUGUCUGGUUAUUUGUGUGUUUCUCAUCUUUUAUCUUUGUGUGUAUUUCUGUCUUUUUGUUUCAGAUGCCAGGAUGGAUAUUAAGAACAACGAGAAGAAGCUGGCUCUGGAGAUGGCCACCAAUGCCCAGUGUGCCUCUCUCAUCAAGAGGAAACAAGGAGGCAGUGAGUCAUUUAGGCCAGAAGAUGGCAGCCUUACGCCAUCUUUGGUCAGUUUCCCGGACAUAGAUAAAAGCCCUAGUCCCAGGACUCAAAAGCACUUUCAAUGGAGAAUCUCUAUUGCACAUGCUUCUUAGUCCAGUACCAGGCUUAAUCUAUGUCCGGAAAACUGGCCCUUAUUGUCACACAGUCGAUCAGGUUCAUUGACUGUUCAUGAUCAUUUCUCAUUUAGGAGCGCUUUGGUGGUUAUUUUUCACCAUGUUCCUUUCUAGAUUUAACUUGUUAAGUAAGGAAUUUCACGCAUUUCAGUAAUACUAGUAAGAAUGCGAGAUGCCAAAGCAAAGAACUCCCAAUAAAGAACUGUCCAGUCCACACUGGAACAUAGUUGUACUUUUGCAGUCAUGAGAGGAAAUGUUUUAAUUCCAUUAAAUGUAAUUGAAUCUCCCAGCAAUGUUACUGGCCUCAGCUCUUAAUAAUAAAUAAUAAUAAUAUUAUUAUUACUACUUCCUAUUUGUUUUAUUACAGAUAUCACACGUACACACAGCAACGCCGAUGAGUACCUUGAUGACGAAGACUCUGACUGAUUCCCCCCUUCGGAGUGGGCUAUCUGAGGCCUGUCUCUCAUGGGGUGGGGGGAGUUUGGGG